AUGACAACAAAGCAGUUCAAGACUCGAAAUUCCAAGUUAGACUAUUUACUUGAGUCCAACAAAGCCUCAUCCAACAAUAAAUACUCCCAGGCUUCUAUCAAAUCCUUUCUUGAAACACUUACGAAGGAGCAUGCUGCAAAUCUCACCCUCACAAACAAAGCAGUUGCUGAUUCCGAAAAGACUUGCAAGGAUACGACCGGAAAAGUCGAUAAACUACUUUCUGACAUUAAAAACUUUAUGGUGGACUUCUGCACAUCAUCUGAAUGCAACACUGCCUCUACGAACACAACCAUCAACAACUAUGUUUCCACUAUCCAAUCUAAAAAGGUAGCUCUUACGAAGAUUCACUCUGAGAUCCAAACUAACAACUCUGAGUUCCAAACAUCCAUAUCCUCUAAAAUUGAAAAACUUCAGUAUGAUUUGGCUCUUGAGAACAAGAUAAUGGAUGAGCUCGCUGUUAAAAUUGAGAAGGUGAAGGUUCUCUCGGUGAAUCUUUCACAUGCGAAUUCCUAG